AAACACCCCACCCCUCGGCUGGCCCGGGCACCGCUGAGGCCGACCUGGUGAGCCCGCCCUCCCCGCCGUGGAUUGGCCCGCGGCGGGACCCGUCGGUCGCGGUUGUGUCUGGGAAGGAGAGAAAAUGGCGGCGGAGUCCAACAAGACCGAAAUCCAGACUCUUUUUAAGAGGCUUCGCGCAGUUCCAACCAACAAGGCCUGUUUCGACUGCGGCGCCAAGAAUCCGAGCUGGGCCAGCAUCACGUAUGGUGUUUUCUUGUGCAUUGACUGUUCCGGGGUGCACCGCUCCCUGGGCGUCCAUCUGAGCUUCAUCAGGUCCACAGAGUUGGAUUCCAACUGGAACUGGUUCCAGCUGAGGUGUAUGCAGGUCGGCGGGAAUGCCAAUGCGACGGCUUUUUUCCGCCAACAUGGAUGCACAGCCAAUGAUGCCAACACCAAAUACAAUAGCCGAGCUGCCCAGAUGUACCGGGAGAAGAUCCGGCAGCUGGGGAGUGCGGCCCUGGCUAGGCACGGCACUGAUCUUUGGAUAGACAAUAUAAGUAGUGCCGUUCCUAAUCACUCCCCGGAGAAGAAGGACUCUGACUUCUUCACAGAACACACUCAACCUCCUGCCUGGGAUGCGCCAGCCACUGAGCCUUCAGGGACCCAGCAGCCAGCCCCGUCUGCAGAGAGCAGUGGCCUGGCACAGCCGGAGCACGGCCCCAACACAGACCUGCUUGGCACCUCGCCCAAAGCCUCACUGGAGUCCAUGUAUCUGUCAGCUAAAGGGGCCCUUCCUGCCAGAGAACUGAAAAGCUCCAUCAUUGGCAAGAAGAAGCCAGCAGCAGCUAAGAAAGGGCUGGGUGCCAAGAAAGGCCUCGGGGCCCAGAAGGUGAGCAGCCAGAGCUUCAGUGAGAUUGAGCGGCAGGCCCAGGUAGCAGAGAAGCUCCGUGAGCAGCAGGUGGCCGAUGCCAAGAAGCAGGCGGAGGAGUCCAUGGUCGCCUCCAUGCGUCUGGCCUACCAGGAGCUCCAGAUUGAUCGUAAGAAAGAGGAGAAGAAGCUACAGAAUCUGGAAGGGAAGAAGCGAGAGCAGGCAGAGAGGUUGGGCAUGGGCUUGGUAUCCCGAAGUGAUGCUAAUGUGUAUCCACUGGUCUCAUGGCCUGGCUCUGCUUUGCUGCGCAGCUCUGUCUCCCACUCCGUGCUGUCUGAGAUGCAGGUGAUCGAGCAGGAAACCCCAGUGAGUGCAAAAUCUUCUCGCUCGCAGCUGGACUUGUUUGACGAUGUUGGUACUUUCGCCUCUGGACCCCCAAAGUACAAGGACAACCCCUUUUCCUUAGGGGAAAGCUUUGGUUCCCGCUGGGAUACAGAUGCUGCCUGGGGUAUGGACAGGGUAGAGGAGAAGGAGCCAGAAGUGACCAUCUCAAGCAUCCGGCCUAUUUCAGAAAGAGCCACAAACCGGAGGGAAGUGGAGAGCCGGAGCCCAGGCCUCGAGUCUAGUGAGGCACGUCAGAAAUUCGCAGGAGCCAAAGCCAUCUCAUCUGACAUGUUCUUUGGGCGGGAGAUGGAUGCGGAGUAUGAGGCCAGGUCUCGGCUGCAGCAGCUCUCAGGCAGCAAUGCCAUCAGCUCUUCAGACCUCUUUGGGGACAUGGAUGGAGCUCAUGGAGCAGGAAGUGUAUCUCUGGGGAACGUGCUGCCUACAGCGGACAUUGCCCAGUUUAAGCAGGGCGUCAAGUCUGUGGCCGGGAAAAUGGCUGUGCUGGCCAAUGGUGUGAUGAAUUCCUUGCAGGAUCGCUAUGGUUCCUACUGAUCCAAGCUCUGUGACUCAGGCUUACGGUGGUGACUGCAACAAGAACUCCACAGUUCCCAGGCUGGGGAUGCUUUGCCUUGUGGAAGCUGGGGAGGAUUUGUUACUUUGUAUGUGUGGUGUGUGUGUGGAGUGGUCUUGGAGGCGCUCACUCAUGUGAGGGAAUGGUCAGUACCAGCCUUUUUCCUCUGCCUGUGGACUGAGCCCUUUUUUCCCUCUCACACCACCCUCCGUGUGUUAGACUCUUGUCCUUCUGUCCUGCCCCCACAGCUGCUGCUCACUUGUCCUGCCACACUGGGAGAGGGGGUUCCCCCAGGAUGGCUUAUUCUGGGUCCAGCCUUUCCUCAAGUAGGGAAAGUGGAAGGUAGAAGGCUUUUUUUUUGCUGGCUCUAGGGUUCUUCUAGUUCGAGGGCUUGGGUCUCCAUCCUCUGGAACCAUGGGGAGGCCUGGAAGGAGUUCCCUGUAGACCCGUCCCCUGGGGAAAGAGGCUGUGGACUUGCUGCUGCUGCCGCCAGUGGCCUCUUCUGGGUGCCAGGAGAGGGCGAAGGAGGGAAAGGCCCUUUUAGGCAUUACCAAGGACAGGAAACUACCUGGUACCUAAAGGUUUCAUUUGGGAUCAGACUGGAGAGCCACGGGUUCUCCCGUCUCACCACCCCUUUCUACAGUAAGCACUUGGAAGAUUGUCUCAGGGUCCCUCUGUACCAUCUGCUGUGGACCGCAGGACCCUCUGCAACAUUCUCUGUCCCUUCAUCCCCUGGUUGGUGACCAUGGAGGGUCUUCUCUGCUGUGAUUCGACUCUGGAGGCUGUGAGCUUGAUGCUGGCCAGGGAAGCAGAGGAUGUGAAGGGCAGAGGCAGGCUCCUGGGGCUGAGCUCCUUCCUCUGCAUCAUUCUGGGCUUGGGAGCCUGGAUAGCACCCGCCAGUGAGAGCUGUGGGCCUCACCCUCUGGCAGCUGAGCCAAGCACUGUGUCAUUCUUGGUGCCAUCUUCCCCUGCCGCACCGGCAGUCUCAGCCCAGCCCCUAGCUUUGGGUUGUAGGUUGGGCUCCCAAGCAACACAGACCACUGUUCCCCUUGCCCCUCCCCCAGAGGGACAUGACUUUCUUUCUGGACUGUUUGUAUUGAAACAAAGUGGUGUCAAAAUAAAGCCCCCGCAGGGCCUUGCUCCCUGUUGGUCUGAGUGAA